AUGGACAGGUACGACCGUCAGGUGCGGUUGUGGGGGAACGCAGGUCAAGAUCUGGUGCGUAGGUCGCACCUGUGCGUUGUUUCGCGCGGGGAGACGCCGCUGCUGCAAGAGAUACUGAAGAAUUACGUGCUUCUUGGAGGUUCCCGCAUCACGCUGUAUCUGGAUGCUGAGGGUGGCAGGAGUAACCAUCUGUUGUACGGUGAUCUGCGGGAGGCGCUGGCCCCGUUGAACCCAGAACCACUGGAAUUGACCACCCACCGCGUCAAUUUGAACAGUUUCGUGAUCCCCAACUCGGAACGGUACUCCGCUAUCGUGCAAGUCGGUUUGCCCGUUGGGCUGCGGCACGAGGGAGACCUGUCACCUCCAGUGAUACACUGCUUUGCUCGCGGGCUUUGUGGUUACGUUCAUUUGCAAUUGAGCGAACCGCAUUUGCUAUUGGACCCUAGAAACGAGUAUACGAUACCCAGUCUCCGGUUGGACAAUCCCUGGGGGGAACUGUCCCAGUACAUGGACUCUAUACACGUAGAGCAGAUGGACGACGUCCAAUUGUCGCAGCUACCCUUUGCUGUGCUCCUCUACAAGACAUUGAACACACGUCGGGCCGCGACCACUGCGGCACAACUUAAAACUGUGCUGGCGGAGACAUACCUUCAUGGACUCAACCCAAGAGCGCAAAGUGACCUCAACUACGCCGAGGCCGUCAGAUUUGCCCAUUUGGCCUUUACAAAGAACAGGCAAGACGGACUACUGAACCGGUUGACGCGGGAUGUGUGUCCCUUGCUCGAGCAAGAGAACAAACUCGGAUUCCAGGACACAAUGAACCAGUACAUCGCAACAUUGCUGUCAACUUUGAAGCGAUACGCGGAUAUGCACAAUGGCCAUUUCCCGCUCGAUGCGACUCUACCAGAUAUGGAGUCCACUACACACAACUACAACGCGCUGAAGCGGGUGUACGAGGCAAAGGCGGCCAAAGACCUUGCGGACUUCAAAAAACUCAUACCAGGCGAUAUCGAGAUUCCUGAGCACGUCAUCGACGAGUUUUGCCGGAACACUAAAACUACAGAGUUAUUCGAGCCCUUGGGCGUCUGCCGCGGUCCACCAGAUUCAUCCGCCCCACCGUUGCUCGAUGCGCUCAAAAGGUGUCAAGAAGGCAAAACGGUCGACCUUCCGCAACUGAACGUCACUUUCAGUUAUCCGACAGAGACGUACAUUGCGGGUCUUGUAACGCAAGAGCUGGUCAAACUUAUCACGCACCAGUUCGUCCCGAUAGAUAACUGCUUUGUGUACGAUGCCCUUGAUCCUCAGAACAUGGCAACGUGUCGGUUGUGA